GUUUCCGCUGCCCUACACAUUUCCUGCAUGAGCAAAACGAGGACCAUACACAGUUGGGAGCAUAUAAUUGGCCUGCGCAACCAGCCAAAGACCUGAAACUGCACAGACAGACUAUCCAGAUUACUUAGCCACCAUGAGCGACACUGAGAGCAAGAAGCGGGAGAUUUUUGAGUAAGUUGUCCUCUCUUUAUGCCAUAGACAUGUCAUCCGAAGCCUUGUGCUGCCUAUGUAUUGAUGUCUCUGUAGUCAGACCGCUGUGAGCCACCAGACCGACUUUGCGCCUCUUCUCAAGGCUAUGAUCCAGGAGAUCCAGGAUCGACGUCUCUGGAUCCGUGGCAACUGGACGGGCGUUCGCCUGCUGGAUUAUGCCUGUGGUGCCGGUACCGCUUCAAAAGCCUUGAUGCCUUUCGUAAGUCAAGCUGUGGGCCUCGACUUCUCCGAGGGCAUGGUUGCAGAGUACAACAAAUGGGCGGCGGCGAGGGGGUUUGGCCCAGAGCGUGCACACGCGUAUCAGCAUAAUCUACUAAACGACGACGAAGUUCAGGCUGUAACGAGACAGAAGCCUGAGCUUGUCUCCAACUUCGACGUCGUCGUGCUAGGCUCGGCGUUGCAUCACGUCGAUGACACAGCGAAGCUGCUGGAGCGGCUCGCGAAGUGUCUGAGGGCUGGAGGUGUUUGUGUGGUCUUGGACAAAGCCCCCGAUACCGAUGAGAACAGCGAGUCAACGUCUCUGGCAACAGAGAAACCACGAGCGUUCACUGAAGCGGGUAUGCGACAAUUGUACAUGGCUGCAGGGCUUGGUGGGAACUUUGAGUAUCAGCUCAUGAAGCCCGUUGAGUUCACGCUGCACGGCCGGAAGAUGAAUGUCACUGGCUUCAUUGCGAGAGGAGAGUUAUCGUAGGGCAAGGAUGGUUUGUCAGGCAUCUAUAUUCAAUUGCAUGCAACAAUGCUACAGGGGUAUCUCUUUUCCAACGCCCAACAGAUCAUACACACCCUCCGAAACAAGAGACGCUCAUUCAAUGUCCGGUCUCAGUCGGGCACUGAGCGCAGGAAAUCCCAUUGUCGGUCAGAUUGAUCCUGCAAUUGUAAUGCCAUAGUCUGUUUGAAGAAACGUGCCUGCGCCAUGAUCUGAUCCAUAUCAAA